AUGGACGCGGAUCACGACAUGUUUCCGAUUCUACUUCUCUAUCUGCAAGCUCACUUAGGGAAGGGUGCUUCAGCUGUGCUAGAAUACAACGCUAUCCGUUCACCACUUGGGCAACCGCGUAAUGCUCUCCUCGGACACACUAUCUCAGCCAUCAUCGGCGUAGGGAUUACAAAGCUUUUCCGUCUCCGCUCGGAUUUCGAAAAGAUAAAAUGGAUAGCAGGCGCAAUCUCGUGCGGCACCGCCUCGGCUGUCAUGCUCAUCACCGGCACAGUCCAUCCACCAGGUGGCGCCUCUGCUGUCCUCGCUGCGACAUCGCCUGAGAUCACAGAGAUGGGGUGGUACUUUGUGGGUGUAAUCAUGUGGGGAACGACUUUGAUGCUCAUCGUCGGCCUGGUCCUCAAUAAUGUUCAACGCCAGUUUCCGGUGUACUGGUGGACUCCGCUACCUCUCCACGUAACGAGGAGGCACGACGUGGAAGUCGGGCCUAAUGGUACGGGGGGAUCCGAGGGAAGGAUUGAAGAUCUGGAGGAUGAGGACAACGAAGAGAAGUCAUCAUAUAUCACCAUCUCUGCGCGCGGAGUCACGUUGCCAGACACUCUAGCACUCAAUAGCGAGGAGUCGGAGUUGCUCGAAUGUCUACGACAUCGACUUGCGAAGGGAUCCUCUAGAUCGUCGCAGUAUUCGGUAUCGAGCGGACUGCGAACAUGA